AUGGACACCUUCGCCCUGAUACCACCUUACCAGAAAUUCUUGAAGGAUGCAAUGAUGGAAAGGAUCAAACAAGUUCAAGGAAUGUUCAUACUCAGUCAUGAGUGUAGUGCUGUCAUCCAAAGAACAAUCGCUCCCAAGAAGCUGAGCGACCCGAGAUCAUUUACCUUAACUUGCUGUAUUGGACCAUUGACAUUCGGAAGAUGCCUUUGUGAUUUGGGAGCAUCAGUCAGCCUAAUGUCACUAAUUGUAGCCAAACGACUUGGAUUCGAGAAGUUCAAGCCCACCGACAUACAAUUAGUCCUAACAGACAGAACUACAAGGAUGCCAUAUCGAGUGUUAGAAGACUUGCCGGUCAAAGUAGGAUUUGUGGAAGUACCAACCGACUUCGUUGUUUUGGAGAUGGAUGUAGAACCGAAGGACCCUCUGAUUUUGGGACGACUAUUUUUAGCCACCGCAGGAGCAAUGAUAGAUGUGAGGAACGAGAAGAUUGAUUUGAACCUUGGUGAGGAUUUCACUAUGCAGUUCGACAUCCGGGGAACAAUGAAAAAACCCACAAUCGUGGGGAAAACCUUCUAG